UGUGCCAGAGAUCGAUCCGGGGUGCCAACCACGAGCAAGAGUCCGCAUGGUAUCCUGCGGGGAUUUCACAAGGAGGAUGGUGCUCACGAAAACAUGCUGCGCGUCACGAGCUAGCCUUCCGAAGGCGGCGCGAAGCGCGCAAGGAUGAGACAGUCGUCGCAUGGUGUUCGGUUGACGAAACGAUAUCUGGUCAACCUGCGAAGACACGUUGACAUGUUGGUAGCGCCCAGCUUCAUGGAUGGCAUGCGGCAGCAAAGGAUCGGCACACUUUGGAACAUGCUGAAGAUGAGCGCAGAGCUGGUGCUGUGCGUCAGGGAACUGAGCCCUCGGGGGCGAGUAAUCACGUCUGCUCGGGUAGGUUGCUCACGGCGCAACAGAGGGUAUAAAGCGACAGAGGGACCGCGAGGGUCCCAUAUCCACCUCGAAUGACUACGCAGGUCAUGUAGGUGGCCUCAUGGUCGUCGACGGCGGUCCAUCUCGUCGACGGUUGUGUGCGUUAUCCAUGUACCUAUAUAUAGCGAUGGCAUGGAAAGGUGGUUUCGGUGUGUGCGUUCGGGACUGCACGAGGCAGGGGGGAUCAUGGACGAAGACAUCAAGUGGGUUGACACGGUCAUCACCAAGCUCCUGCGCGUCCAGGACAAGCCGGCUCAGACCGAAGUGACGGACCUCGACAUUGACGAGAUCAACGCGCUGUGCCGGUGCUGCCGUUCGAUCUUUCUGUGCCAGCCCAUGCUGCUGGAACUGAAUGCGCCGAUCAUCAUCUGCGGCGACACGCACGGUCAGUACGCAGACCUCCUCCGGUUGUUUGAAAUUGGCGGGUUCCCCGACGACAAGAACUACCUCUUUCUCGGCGACUACGUCGACCGCGCCAUGCAAAGCAUUGAGACCAUCUGCCUCCUCUUUGCGUACAAGGUCAAGUACCCCACGCGGAUGUCUCUCCUGCGCGGCAACCACGAGUGCGCGUCGAUCAACCGGAUAUAUGGGUUUUACGACGAAUGCAAGCGCCGGUACAAUGUCAAGCUGUGGCGCACAUUCGCCGACUGCUUCAAUUGCAUGCCCGUGGCGGCCAUCGUGGCCGAUAAGAUCUUUUGCAUGCAUGGUGGGCUCUCCCCUGACUUGUACAAGAUGGACCAAAUCAAGAACAUUCGCCGGCCCACAGACAUCCCGGACGAAGGGCUACUCUGCGACCUCUUGUGGGCCGACCCUGACGCCGAGAGCCACGGGUGGACAGAGAGCGAUCGCGGCGUGUCGUACAUAUUUGGUGCGGACGUCGUCGAGCAAUUCCUGGAAACGCACGAUUUGGACCUUGUUUGCCGCGCGCAUCAAGUCGUGUCGGACGGGUACGAGUUCUUUGCUGGUCGGAAACUCGUCACGAUUUUUUCCGCCCCCAACUACUGCAACGAAUUCGACAACGCCGGCGGCAUGCUCGUCGUCGACGACAAGCUCACGUGCUCCUUCAAAGUGCUGUGCUCGCAAGAAGGAUGAUGAUGGUGUCGCCACGAUCGAGUGUAGUCCUCCUUACAUGUGUCGACCACGUUGGAAAAUAUCAAACUGUGUUGCUUGGACACUUCUACC